AUGACCGCACAUGUCGAAAAGCCCCGGAAGAACGAGGAAGAUGUCGAAAAUGGAGAAAGUUCAAUCACCCUAGAUGGAGCCCCCGACGACGACGACGCCACAGCCGAAAGGGCUCUGGUAUGGAAACAAGACCUCCGCAUUGUGCCUUUAUCGGCAUUCAUCUAUUUGCUCUGUUACCUCGACCGUUCAAAUAUUGGAAAUGCUAAAGUGCUGAACAUGGAUACGGGAGAUGACCUUCUGUCAGAAACACAUAUGAGCAAUUACCAAUUUACGAUCGCCUUGAUGGUUUUUCUCGUAGCAUAUGCACUGUUUGAGGUGCCCUCGAACUAUUUGUUAAAGAAGCUGCGACCGAGCAGAUGGAUCGCGUUUCUAAUGUUUUCCUGGGGUGCUGUCACAAUAGGCCUUGGUGGCUCCCGGAACUUCGGGGACGUUACUGGUAUUCGGUUUCUUCUGGGAGUCAUCGAGGCCGGACUAUUCCCAGGACUCGUAUAUUACCUCACGUUUUGGUAUCGUGUCUCGGAACGUUCAAUACGCGUGGCACUUAUCCUAGCAUCCGCUACAUUAGCUGGCGCGUUCGGCGGCGCUAUCGCUUAUGGUGUUGGUUACCUGAAUGGAUCUCAUGGUCUGUCGGCCUGGCGCUGGCUUUUUAUUAUAGAGGGAGCACCUUCAUGCGCAUCAGCGAUCCUUGUCUGGUUCUUUUUACCGGACUAUCCGGAAACGGCGCGCUGGUUGAGUGCUGCCGAGCUGGAGCUGGCAAAGGAUAGGCUUCAAGUAGAGGGGUCGCAGAGUAAUGCGAAAACGCUAAGUUGGACAGAUGCGAAAAGUGUUCUCACAGACUGGCGACUAUACGGCCAUUACGCGAUUUACUUUGGAAUUUCUACCCCAUUCUCAAGUCUUUCUCUAUUUACGCCAUCCAUCACCUCCGGCCUGGGAUAUAAGAAUCUCGAAGCCCAAUUAAUGACAGUCCCGCCUUAUGCCGCCGCAUAUGUUGUGACGGUGGCAGUUUCAUGGUCAGCCGACCACUUCAACAGGUACGUUAACCCCUAUCAUUUAGUGUGCGGAAUCAUUAACUGA